AUGACGCUGGAGGCAAAGGAAGCUCUUGCCCAGGCUUUCGAGUCUCGGAGCCCGGCAGACAUCAGGAAAGGCAUCUCAUCCUGCAGACAGCUCCUGCUCAACGAGGAGCACGGUGGAGCCAUGACGCAACUUCGUGGCAUCACCGAGGAGGACAUUGCUCUUGCCCGCACUGACCAUGACCGAGAGUCCCGCAUGGCUCGUGUCGCUAUCCUGGAGCAGUUCAUAAGCAUACUACGCGAGAACGGUGACAAGCAGCUGCGGGGAUUCCACAAUGACCUUCAAGACUUGAAGGGCGCGCUGCGUGUCUUCUGCAGGGUCAGGCCUCUGAAUGGGCGAGAAAUCAAGAAGAACGACACGAUUGCAGUGGAAAUCGUCGACCCGUUCACCGUGUCCGUGAGCAAAUCUGAGACUGACAAGCAGACCUUCUCCUAUGAUGCCAUCUUCGCACAAGGUACCUCUCAAGCAGACGUAUUCGCGGAGUGCAAGGGCUUAGUCAUGCGCACAGUGGGAUCAGAGGGAGCUGUGUGCACUUACAAGGGGUACCUGGAUGUACCUGGAUGCACCUGGACCUGGGUGCGUACUUGGACAUGCCUUGCCUAG